AAUGCCUAAAUAUAACUUUUAAAAACUCUUGGUACAUAAUUUCGGUGCACAAAACCCGGUCCUGGCUCUGGAACAGAGAAAGCUGCCAAAGCCAAGGAGGGGACUUAGUUUCCAUUGAAACCGAAGAAGAAUGGAAUUUCAUCAAUGAGCAGAUUCAAAGGCGAGAUAUUAAGCGCUAUGGAGAUACAUGGAGUAUUGGUUUAACAAAAAGGGCCGGGAAUUGGACUUGGGUGAAUGGAAGACCGCUGACUGUUUGCAAAUGGGAACAAGGGGAGCCAAGAGGUGAACACGACGCGGCUUUCAUAUACAAGCGGUCCAAUAAUGGGGAGCAGGGCGUGUUUGGUGGUGUUAAUGGCACAAGUAUAGAAUAUCGCCGCGGUUAUAUUUGUGAGAUUUCCGAGG